CUCUUAUUACGUCACAAAACUGGUCCUGGAUCAGCUCACCCGAUGGCAGUUUCUAUGCUUUGCCUGGCAGGUACGCAUGCGCACUGAGACGUUUUACUGGAAGACAGCGUGACAGUGUCGGCAAUUACGUUCAGAUGCAGUGGAAGAAGCGAAAUUCCCGCAACACCUGCUGAAACCGAGAAACGAACUUUUUAUAUUAUAGGUGAUUGGAUCGUGAGCGGCGUGAGGGAUUACAGUAGGGAAAACUGGUUACGCUAGAAAUCCAUCGGACUAAAGCGUAUCUGCGUCACGUGGUCAGGCACAACCAAUCGGAGCGAUGCAAUUCUAUCGGAAAGAGAGCUCUUUGUUCGGCGUUUUUCAACUUUAUUCGCGAUUAUACACACAUGUCUUGAAUUCGUAUUUAUAUUUCAUUGGGACACAUCUCUGGCGACAUUUGACCCUGGACUGACACCAUCUGGUAUUUGGUGCGGAUUGACACGUAUGCAGUGUUGUGUACGGCAGGACUCCCCUCCCCCGCUGCGUGGAAUGGGGGAGGAACGCGGACACGUUGGAGGGAAAUGUGCUAAGUAAAAGUAUCGAGGCGGAGGACAAGAAGAUUAAAUGAAGAAAACUUCCGGAUACCUUGGGAUUUACCAAUCAAGAAUUAUAUGUGUUUGAAGCAAGGUUGUUUUUCAUGUAAUACGUCUUUUUAUUUUAAGGAACUUUUUUUUUUUUAUGACAAAUUAUUAAUGUUGUUUAUUUGGUUAUACCUUGUGGUGAAACGGUGUAUUUUAAGUAGCUGAAAGUAUUUGUACCAUGUUAUUUAUACUUUUCCAGCCGGUCGUGUGACGUUUUGAGGACCUGUAACCUUGGGUUGGGGGAUGGGCUGGUGAGGUAGCGUCCUCGGCCUUAUCGGAACGUUGAUUUAAUCGUUUAAACUAGUACAUUCGUAGCCUGAAUUGUCAGAAUCCGUCAAAUGUUACCAGAUCGUUAGUUUCACUAAGCAGUCUAAUCCGUUGCAGUUGGUCAAUGCAUUCAGACCCCGAUACCAGUUAUUUUCUUUUAGCGAAAAAAGACAACCCAUUAGUGCGUUCUUUGGGUACUUUUGAGUCCUUCACCUUGGGUUUAUUCGUGGCAGUCGGGAGUCUUGGGACUCUUAUGUUUAAGGUCAAAGAGAGGGCUGAGCAAAGUGCUGUGUCAUUCGGCGGUUGCUGUCCCACGGUGUCGUUCUGACUUGGCAGUGUAUAGUUGUUGUGACAACGUUAUGCGAAAACGGAGCAGCACCACUUUGGUUCUCGUUUCUGGUUUAUAUCAGAUAAGCGUUAACAUGAACACGAGUAUGAGACCCAAGGCCUUGGUUUGUCGAUGCAUGGGCUCGGUUUUCAGUCUCCUUCCGCCGAGUCGAACCAUGUUAUUGGUCGCGAACGGGCUGCGAAACACGGUUAGUGUGUGAUUUGCGAACGUUUUAUGUAGUUUGGUGAUGUGUUACGGUAGUUAAACGGUGAUUUAAUCGACUUUUGUGAAACUUAAGAUGGCGACUCUGCGCCCUUUCCGUGAAGGAGAAAUGCGGACGCUGUGGCGCGUGUAGGGCGGUGUCUGGUUCCGGAGGGAUACGCGUGACCUGGGUGAACAACCAAUGGGCGUCCUCGUACUAAACGCCGAAAGCGCGCGUAGAUUCUGGUUGCCCAAUCACCGCGGUCGUCUGGCCCAUGCGGACGUCAUCUUAUGUGAUAAGGAAAUGGGCGGAGUCCGACCAGACAUGUUUUGUAGGGACUAAUGUGACGUAGCCAGUAAGAAACAAAAUGUUUCCAUUGCCAGAUACGUUGGACCAAUAGCGUCGUACGCUCGCUGUGACGGACAGGGGGCACUGGCCAAUGGGACCUCCAAAAGCUGGUCCAUAAUACCUAUUUAUGUAUGGAUUCGCCAAGUUUCACAGACAGCUCAGGCGGCGAAUUGCAACCUUGGGGGCGUAGUCUCCUUGGAGUAGUCUGGCCAAUGGCGUGGUUGUGUUGUCUAUAAAGCAACGGGCGAAGCGGCUGCGUCGCCAUUUCACUGAAGCUGUGUCAACAAGAGCGUGGUGGCGGGGACGGGAGACAACGGACGAACUGAGUCGGAUCCUGAUUUUCAAUAUAGCUUAAAGAGAAUCCGGAUCCAUCCUGAUGGAUAUGGCUCUAAACCCGCCUCUUGACAGCUCCAUGCUCGGGGUGGAGGUGACGGGCGUCUCCGUGAUGGACCACAGCUCCUCCACCGCAGCCGGGAAGCGCAUCCGCAAGCCGUCGCUGCUCUACGAGGGCUUCGAGAGCCCCGGGGGGCCGGCGCUGGGCCAGACCCCCGCCGUCGGGCCCCCGCAGCCCUCCAACAAGGACCCCAGCCGGCAGGGCCGCGCCACCAACCAGCUGCAGUUCCUCCAGAAGGCCAUGAUCAAGUCCCUGUGGCGCCACCACUUCGCCUGGCCCUUCCACGAGCCGGUGGACGCCAGCAAACUCAACCUGCCCGACUACCAUAAGAUCAUCAAGAUCCCCAUGGACAUGGGCACCAUUAAGAGGCGGCUGGAGAACAACUACUACCGCAGUGCCAGCGAGUGCAUGCAGGACUUCAACACCAUGUUCACCAACUGCUACAUCUACAACAAGCCCUCAGAUGACAUUGUGCUGAUGGCCCAGUCCCUGGAGAAGGCCUUCCUGCAGAAGGUGGCCCAGAUGCCCCAGGAGGAGCUGGAGCUGCCCCCGCCUCCACCACGAGGGAAGCCAGGGAAGCAGGGCCGGAGAGGGAGAGGGGCAGUGUCCGGAGGGGUGACCACGGCCCACCAGGUCCCUGCCGUGUCCCAGUCGGCCUACUCGCCCCCCACCCCCGAGACCCCCGACAUGCUGCUCUCCAUGACCCCCCAGAUCCUCCUCCCCAAGUCCCUGAGCCACGCCCAGCCCAGCCCCGCCCUGCUGGGCCUGCCUCCCCACACACAGCCCACCACCAAGAAGAAGGGGGUGAAGCGGAAGGCGGACACCACCACCCCCACCACCAUGGCCAUGCCCCUCAUGGCCACCCUGGGGGUGGGCGGCGCCUCCCCCAUCACCCUCACCUCCCUGGGGGUGGAGCACAACUCCAGCCUGGGGAUGGGCCCCGGCCUGGGCCUCGUCACCAUGGGCCUGGGCGGCGGGGGCGCCCUCAUGGGCGGGGGGGGCAAGGCGCCGCCGGGGGGCCGCCGGGGGGUCAGCGGGCGACCCAUCAAGCCCCCCAAGAAGGACCUGCCGGACUCCAUGCUGCCGCAGCCGGCGCGGCGCAGCAAGCUGAGCCCGCCGCUGCGCUACUGCAACAGCGUGCUGAAGGAGCUGCUGUCCAAGAAGCACGCGGGCUACGCCUGGCCCUUCUACAAGCCCGUGGACGCCAGCACGCUGGGGCUGCACGACUACCACGACAUCAUCAAGCAGCCCAUGGACCUCAGCACCAUCAAGAGGCAGAUGGACGGCAGGAUGUACCGCGAUGCCCAGCAGUUCUCCGCUGACGUCAGACUCAUGUUCUCCAACUGCUACAAGUACAACCCCCCCGACCACGACGUCGUCGCCAUGGCGAGGAAGCUACAGGACGUGUUCGAGUUCUGCUUCGCCAAGAUGCCCGACGAGCCCCCGGCCCCCCCCAGCUCCUCCUCCUCCUCCUCGUCCUCCUCGUCUUCGUCGGAGAGCGAGCCCAGCAGCGAGAGUGAGAGCGAGAGCAGCCCCAGCUCGGACAGCGAGGAGGAGCGAGCCAACCGCCUGGCCGAGCUGCAGGAACAGCUGAAGGCGGUCCACGAGCAGCUCACGGCUCUCUCCCAGGGGCCCAUCGUCAAGCCCAAGAAGAAGAAAGAGAAGAAGGAUAAGAAGAAGAAGAAGAAGCCGGAGAAGGAGAAGCACCGACGGAUAGAGGAGGAGCCUGCGCCCACGCGGCCUGCCAAGACCCCCAAGACCACCAAGACGCCCAAGACCCCCAAGACCCCCAAGAACAAGGCCAGCCGGGCCUCGGGGACCCCCGCCACACAGCCCAAGAAGACCCCCGGCAGGAAGAACAACAAGAGCAAGUCCAAGAAGGGCGGCAUGAUGUUCAGCGUGCCCCCCAUGGAGGCCCCCGAGCUCCUCCCCCACUACGACUCUGACGAGGAGGAGGAGACGGUGCCCAUGUCGUACGACGAGAAGCGGCAGCUCAGCCUGGACAUCAACAAGCUGCCGGGGGAGAAGCUGGGCCGCGUGGUCUACAUCAUCCAGGCCCGCGAGCCCUCCCUCAGGGACACCAACCCCGAGGAGAUCGAGAUCGACUUCGAGACGCUCAAGCCCUCCACGCUGCGCGAGCUGGAGCGCUACGUCAUGACCUGCCUGAGGAAGAAGCCCCGCAAGCCCUACGCGAAAGGCGGGGCGGGAAAGUCCCGCGAGGAGAUGGUCCUGGAGAAGCAGCUGGAGCUGGAGAAGAGGCUGCUGGACGUCAGCGGGCAGCUCAACUCGGGCAAGAAGCCCGCCAAGAACAAACCAGAGAAGCCGUCGGCGGCCGAGGCCAACGCCCAGCCGUCGCGCCUCAGCGCCAGCAGCUCUUCCUCCGACUCCUCCACCUCCUCCUCCUCCUCUUCCUCCUCGGACACCAGCGAGUCGGACUCGGGCUGAGAGAGAGAGAGACGGGCGAGAGAGAGAGAGAAAGACAGGGUGAGAGACGGACGGACGGACGGACGGGGGUGCGUUCCUCUGACCCACUGAACUACUGAGACCUACAGGGCCCGGACCCGGACCCUCCUGGACCCCCGCGGGCUGGACCACGCCCCCCUCCCCGCGGAGCCACGCCCUCGGUCGGGGCGUGGGGGCGGGGCCUCCGGCGGGCGUGGCCGUGGGGCUGUAAAGAGGACGUGUACAGGCUCAUCACGAUGUACCUUUUCUUUUAUAAAGAAGCAUUUUAAUAAGAUAAUUUAUUCCCUCGUUUCUGGGGAGAGGGAGGAAGACUUGGUGGCAUCUUUAUUUUUCUUUUCUUUAUUUUUUUUUAAACGGGGUGUGUGUGUGUGUGUGUGUGUGUGUGUGUGUGUGUGUGUGUGUGUGUGUGUGUGUGUGUGUGUGUGUGUGUGUGUGUGUGUGUGUGUGUGUGUGUGUGUGUGUGUGUGUGUGUGUGUGUGUGUGUGCGCGCGCACAACAUGGAGCUCCUGGCCCCCCCCCGUCAGACAUCUUGGGUGUACCUCCAGCCAGGAGGGGGCAGAAGUUCCCUUUCUGGGUGAAGUUGUCGUCGUGUCUGUCGUGCUGCCACUCCACUGCUGUCCUCAUUACAACCAUGUCAUGUGUGCGCGCUUCUUCUUGUGACCAACUGACGAAUAAAGAGUGAGACUGUGUCUUGUUCACUCACCAAUGCCCAACACCUCACUCCUGGCUGCCUCCUGUUCCUUCAGCGACUUCCUGUCCGGGUUGCCGUACUGGGUUGGUGUCUAUAAACCAGUGCAGAGACCAGUUCAUUGGUCAAGGGCCAGUUCUCUCCUUGGUUCUUUGAGUUAUCACCCUUCAAAUGUGUCUGGGAUUUCGUUUUUCAUGUUUUAAAGUUGUUUCAGUUGAAAUCUGUUAGAAAGAUUGUUUCCUUAAUUGGUAAAAUAUCCACUUUUUAGCUCGGCUUUUGAGAAAAAAUGGAUUAAGUUCUACAGCAUGGACGCACAAUCUGAUAAAACUGGUAGCCUACAAGUUAUCAAUGUUCAUAUUUUUUUUGUCAGCUGUUCUUACUUUGUUUUGAGCAUUUACAGUUUGCGAUUGAAACAUGUUUGUGUUAAAUAUAAUUUAUUUAGGUGUCUGAGUGGAGAACACGUUCAUUAAACAUCAACUGUACAGAUGAAGCUUGUAAAAGCGUUGUACAUAGGGUAGUUUCUAGCACGACUGUUUCAGAUUUGACCUAAUGUUUUGUUCUUCUCCAUGAGACGCUCUGUCCUAGUCUUACUCUCUGAGGUCCGAACACGACCUGCCUCUGUAAGAUGCAACAUUCAUUUGAACACAUGCACAUAAAUAAAUAACGUUGGAUCUUUUUAACAAAUAUCAGCUCUUUGAUUCUUGAUUAAAGUAUGAAGGGUUCAACACUUUGCAUAUUUCAGACUAAAUACUGACAUAUUUUAAUAUGUCCACCCUCUGACUCAAACAUUUACUAAGAGACAACGAGAAAUGCAUUAUAUCUAUUUGCAUUAGCUAUAUAUUAGAUAUAAGAACUAAGUCAGGGAAGUUAGAUUUCCUCUUUGGAUUUAGAGGGAUCUCGUUAAUUCAGGAAAACAAGCAGAUACAAUACUAUGUAAACUUUUAACCGAGAUAUGAAAAAAGUAAUCUUAUCAAAAACAAUUAAAGUAACAGGCCAAACUAUUUUUGGCGAAAGCGAAUGCAUUAAGCAGUAUGUCUGUUUCACGGCAACAUGAGACCACUUCCCGGACCUGA